ACCUCUCUCCCUCAGACGACAGACGACCAGCUGAGCCUCCCUCAGACGACCAGCUGAGCCUCCAGCCACAGCGACCUGGAGGUCAGACCUUCAGCCUGCAACCCCUCAGACGACCAGAAGCUCAGAGGAUGCACAGCUCCUACUCUCUGGUGGGGGUCCUUCUGCUGGUGGCGGUUCAGGCCAGCUGGCAGCUCCCGGACCCCGAGGACCACGGCCGCAGGCUCACCGGGGACGCCCCGCUCAGCCUCCCCAGAGAGACGGCCUCCAGCAAGAGGCACUCCGAGGGAACCUUCUCCAACGACUACAGCAAAUACCUGGAGACCAGGAGGGUGCAGGACUUCGUCCAGUGGCUGAAGAACACCAAGAGGAACGGAGAGCCGUUCCGCCGCCACGCCGAGGGGACCUACACCAGCGACGUCAGCUCCUACCUGCAGGACCAGGCGGCCAAGGAGUUUGUGUCCUGGCUGAAGACGGGGCGGGGCAGGCGGGAGUAGCCCCGCUGAGGGGGGACCCCCGUGCGGACCGCGCCUCAGACCCCCAGUGUUUGGUCUCUUCUGGGCGCCCCGUGCUGAUGUCUCCGUGGCCGAGCAGCAGCAUGCUGCCGUCUCCGUCCCUCUUGUUUCCGUCUGGUGUUCUCCCAGGACUCCCGUUAACGUCUGCGGCGCUGCUGGAUAAGAACAUCUGUCGACAAUAACUUUCUUAAUUUCAUAUAAAGUCAGAUUUAGUUUUGAAUAAAGAAAAAUGU